AUGACUACAAAAGUGGCAACUACAACUACGUCACAACCUUGUUCGAUCCACAAUACCACCUCAAAUGGCGUCAAUAAGAAUACAAUUCAUGUCACCCCUAAGACGAUAGGGGUAGGGCCGACAACAGCAACACCUAUUGUUGCAACAACUGCCACUAAUGGACCCGUUCUUCUUCAGCAGCACCAGCAGCACCAGCAGCACCAGCAGCACCAACUGCACCAACAGCAGAAUAAGGGGAAAACCGGUAAGCGACUAGAAUUGGAAAAGCUAAUAAGAGAGUUUCAAAGUAAACUAGGGAAAAACUGGGAAAAAUACCAUGAAACAUUGAGUUUAUUCCUCGUGGGAAAACUAUCAAGGCCAGAGCUUGUGUCAACCAUAACACCUUUGCUAAAAGAGCAAAAACUAUUUCGCUAUCACAAUAAGUUACUCAUGCUCAAUUUCGCAAACGCACUAAAAGACGGCGGCCCUUUGGAUUUCACAAAUGAGUUUGCAUCUUUUUGGAACAAAAAGUUGUCAAAAGCAACUAAAAAUGUGAAAAGCACUCAAUAUGAAAAGUUUAAGCAAAACAUAAUGGGAUUACCAAUAAAGGAGCGGAGAAGAAUAAAGAAUAUCACUAGAGAUAGCGGUAAGCGUAAUAAGCUAAAUGCUGGUAUCACCUUGACCAGACAUACCUUACUACCCAAGAUCCCAAUGAUACAGGAUAAAGAACAACAACAAUUACAGGUUAACAAUUUGGUGCAAUGGCAGCAAGAUGUGUUGAAUGGUAUAAAUACCCCCAUUGCUACUGAAAGCUACGAAUUGCCUGAUACGGACAAUUUAUCAAAGAUUAUGUUGAUGAUAAUGAGAGAACAUGGAUUGACGGGUGGAUUGAACUCCGGUGUGUUGGAGGUUCUUUUAUUAGGGUUGAAAUCGCAUAUGAAAAACGUUGUAGAAAGUGCAAUCGAUGUUGCAAAGUAUCGGGAAAAUAAGUACACUGCUAAUGACUACGUGCCUUAUGAAAGCAGGACAAGUGCAUUUACCAGCAACGGUGAUGCUACUACUACUACUACUACUCCUACUCCCGCCACCACCACUAAUAAAUUAAGCCCAAGAAAAAGGAAAUUGAACGAAAAAGACAGUAACGGAAUGAGUAACAAUGGAAUGAAUAGUGGUGAGAGCAGUAAUAAAGAUAUAAUUCUAUCAGUGGAGGAUUUAUACGAUACAUUUGAAAUGUUUCCUCAUUUGAUUGAACCGGGUGGACCAAGAUUAAGACUAGCAAAUGUAUUACUUGAAAACGAUGAUUGUAUUCAAAGCAAGCAGGAGAAUAAUUAUACAUUACCACCAAAGCCAACAAGCUUGAUGUUUAAUCAUAAUAAUGAAAAGGGACCAUCAGGUAGUCAGUUGAGCCACAAUACGACUGCAGGAAUUAGCAGUACUGCUUCGGUAACAUCAAAUAAUUCGACAACCCCAGCAACUUCUAGUUCAGGUUCAGGUGACACUAUUGUUAAAUUGGAGAAUGGUGCUAGUUCAGGGACUCAAGCUCAGCAACAACAACAACAACAACAACAACAACAACAGCAACAGCAACAACAACAGCAACAGCAGCAGCAUCACCAACAGCAGCAACAUAUGUCGAGACCGCCAUCCCAACCAGCAAUGCCUAGACCCGAUGCUCAUAUAGGAACAACAGAUGAAUUAAAGUGGGUGUUGCAUGAUUUGGUAUCAACCAUGUAA